AUCUGCUGGUCGUGCCAGUUCCAUGGUUGUCUCGGUGGCCCUCGGAGAGCAGACCCCUCCUGGGGGAUGGCAGUGCGUUGCAGACGACCUGCCGGCCCCUGUGAGCCCUCGGUCGAGCAGCCAGACACUACAGCCAGUGGUUCCGGGGCUGGAUGGCACUGAUGCGGAUCUGCGGGAGUUCAUUGACCUCAAGGUGGGCACUGUCCUGCAACUCCUGGAAGGGCAGGAGAAGCUUCUAGAGUCGAUUUCGCACAGGUUGGAGAAAGGGCCAGAGACAUGGAAGGCUCAGCCCCAGCCAGGACGUUGGUGUGGAUCCAGAAGACCCUCCGCAUCAAUGGCAGCAGGGUUGAUGCCCAUCAGCAGCAGUGGAGCAUCUUCCUAUGCAUUGGAUCUCGUCCCCAUCAGCCCUCGGAACAGCAACCCCUCCUCAAGCCAUGGCGGGGCUAUGCAUUUUGCCACGCGCAUGCGGCAAAGCAGAGACGACCUGCAGAGGAGAGGAAGUAUGAUGUCUGAGGAGUUUGCGUCCUACAGUCGAACGGAUGCUCAAAUGAUGGAUGCUGCUAAGGACCAUGGUCUUAGACACAUGGUGGCAGCAGUGGAAAUGAUGAAAGGGCCAGAGGUAAGGAGAUCAAGAAGCACCACCAUCAGGUGGUGUCAAGCCUUGGUGAUUCAUCCAGCCUUCGACAUGUUGUUCGCCGCCCUUGUGGCUUUGAACACAAUUUUUAUGGGCCUUGAUGUGGAACUGGAGUUAGCUGAUCAAGCUCAUCAUGGUGAAUCAGUGGCAUUAAGUGUCAUUCGGAGGAUUUUCACAGUUGCCUUCACAGCGGAGCUUGCCUUGCGGAUUGUGGCGUGCGGCUGGGAUUUCUUCUGCAGGCUGAACUUUUGGAAUUGGUUGGAUACGGUCGUCGUGGUGGCUGGCUUAGUGGAGACGGCUUUCGCGGUGAUCCAAGCGGCGGAUGGAGCCAACACGCCAUCCAUGCUGAGUUUGCGCGCGCUCAGAAUACUUCGCAUCACGCGUAUGCUCAAGAUUAUCCGGGUGCUCCGGAUCUUUCGCUUCGUGUUGGCGCUUCGCACCUUGGUCCAGUCGACCAUUCACACCCUGAAGUCGCUCUUCUGGGCACUGGUUUUAUUGGGAUUGAUCAUCUAUGUGUUCGCAUUGGUGUUCACAGAGGUCACUGCAGACAUGAUCCGCGAUCUUCGGGCGAGUGGCGCGGAUGGUGAGGAGAUGCACAUUGAAAAGAUCAAGGAUCUCUUUCAAGAGAUUGAUGAGGAGCGCACCGGGAUCAUCACCUACCAAACAUUUCAGCGCAAGAUGAACAGCCCUGAAGUACGAACAUACUUUGAGACCCUCGACCUUGAUGUUUGGGAUGCCUGGAGUUUCUUCAAACUCCUUGACCUCGAUGAAGGCGGGUCCGUAGAAAUCGAGGAGUUUUUGAUGGGCUGCUUGCGCCUACGUGGCUCCGCAAGAUCCAUGGAUGUGGCCAAACUGAUGUACGACCAGGCCUGGCACAUCAAGAAUCAGGGCCGCUUUUGGGCUUUCGUGGAGGAGCGGUUGAGGAUGCUUCAAGAAGAAGUCUCGUCACCGAAUGCAAAAUGAAGCCUCUCUCUAUGAGGAUGGAAGACUCAUGAUCGGUGCCGUUGAGGGGCUGUCAUCACUUCAAUUGAUCAUCUGGUUGGCGGC